UUGUUUAUAUAAAAAAAAAACACUUAAAACUAUAUAACACAAUAGUGUCUUUGGAAAACGGGUUCACAUAUCCUAAAGUCAAUAGCGAAUGAGACUAUGUAUAUAUUUAUCUUAAUGUAUUAAAGGCCUAUUUCGGCAAGUUAACCCACGUUUUUAUGCUGGUUUAGCAAGCCAUGUUAUUGACGGGCUAACUAGCACCGUCGGUCACUGCACUAGAAUGUCACGCUAGCUAUUGCUAGCAGGUUGAAAUAUUGAAAUAUUAAGUGAAUGUUUAUUUUCUUACUACCUUAAAAUGUUUAUAUGUAAAGAGUUGUACUUGUGCUCUGUAUUUGUGGAUUAAUAUCACUUGACAUUGAGGGCAUGUAUCACUACUUUUGCUCCUAUCUAAAAUAUAUCUUGUGUCCUACCUAACCAGUGAACGUGUAGCUGUGACCGCCCUGUCAAUGCCUGUCAUCACUGUUUGAUAUCUUUUACUGCAGGUAUUAUUUUCUGUAUUUUUGUUAAUUCUCUAAACACAACGCAUUUAUACUAUAGGAUCACUUUGUGGAUUGAGCCUGAGAGAGAUAUUCUGAGAGCAGUGAAUGUGUGACUGGCCUGCCAUCAAUGUUUGAAAUCUUUUACUGCAGAUAAAAACCGAGUCCACCUGAAGUGUGGGUGUCCAUGUGCCUUUCUUCUGUGGGAUUAUGUGAAGUAGGUUACACAGAUCCAUCUGGGUAGAAAGCACACCGUGCCUCCACCCCCUCUUCCUCCAGUGGCUUACUGAGCUACGGGACAAAGCGGCAGAGAGGGGACAGAAGAUGCCGUACGUUUACCAGAAGGUCCGGACACUCCCAUCCACUCCCCUCCCUGCUCGUGUGGCGGCAGCCCCCCCUAGUCGCCGUAGCAGCAACAACCUGUGUCAAUCCAAACAGCCCUCUAGGAAAGAGAGGGAAGGAGAGAGUAUGUACCCCCAGAAGAGGUCUGGAGGAUAUGCUGUCCUACUAACACUGUCUAUAGAAAGCCCCAGGUUCCUGGUGGUCAAGAGCUUUAUGUUUAGACUGGAGCAACAGGCUGAGGCCCAGAAUCUGUGUGACAAGUUCUCAUGACAACAUUCACAAAAACGUUGCUACAACCUUUCUACAACUUUACGGUUCAGUGUCUUAUAACACAUUACACUGUCUCUCUCUGCGUGCGUGCUCUGGCAGAACGACAAGAGGACAGGGGGAUAGAUGGAAAGAAAAUCAAGAAAAGUAGGAUAGGAGAAGGCACGUGGGUCCGGCGUGUUGACCUAAGAGCUGAUGAAGAGGAGAGAACAGAGUAAAUAAGACACAGAGAAGGAGGGAUUUAAUAUGUUAGCAGGUUAUAGUUAACACAACCUGAGACCACGCUGCAGCAGGCUGUAGUUAACACUAGAGGUCGACCGAUUAUGAUUUUUCAACACCGAUACCGAUUAUUGGAGGACCCCCCCCCCCCCAAAAAAAAAACCAUGCCGAUUUUU